AUGCCCUUGGAGCUGGACUCGCUGGCAUCCGUGCGCCGCUUCGUGGAGGAUUUCCUGGCCAUGCAGGCUUGCAAGUCGUGCCGGGAGCACUCAAGGUAUCGUCCGUGCAGCAACCGCCUUGCCGAGUUGCCUCUCCACUGCCUCGUGCUGAAUGCUGGUGUUAUGGCUUUGCCGCAGGAGACCGUUGAUGGACAUGAGUACCAGCUGGCCGUCAACUACCUGGGCCACUUCCUACUUGCAAACUUGCUCGUCGACCACAUGGCGGCGACAGCCUCACCCAGAGAUCCUGGUCGCAUUAUCAGCCUGUCUUCGUCGGCUCAUCUCAUCCCCUCUGCACUCCAGAGAGGUGAUUUGAGUGAUCUGCAGUCGGCCAGCAAGUACGCUCCAUGGCAGGCUUACGGCCAAGCGAAGCUGUGCAAUUUGCUCUUUGCCUACGAGCUGGAUCGGCGUUGUCGAUUUGGUGGCAUCCCCAUUGCCUCAAAUGCCAUCCAUCCAGGAGCUGUGGCCACCGAGCUGAAACGGCACUUGCCGCAAAACCAGGAGGAAGACAAAGGGCCACUGGAAGGAGUCUACCAGGCUCUGAAGUCCGUAGUCCAGCCUUUGCUGGACCUCAUCGUGCAGAGUCCGGAGGAAGGUGCCCGAACCACGGUGCUGCUGGCCACCUCGGAGCAAGGCAAGCUCUCAGGGUACUACUGGCAGGACGGUCGUCCUUCGGCAUCUUUGGACACAGAGGUGCAGGGGCUUCUACCCCCACCUCUGCGGGCUCUUCGCAUUCUGUCCAGGCUUCUCAAGGCUGUUGCUCCGCCGGAGAAGGCAGCCACAUCCUAUGACACGGAGACUUGGCGAGACCUCUGGAGGGAGAGCGAGCGAUUGGUUGGCCUGGAGGCCUCGGAAAAGCCAUCCGCCUUCGCCGGCCCGCCAUAA